AUGCACCGGGUCGCAUCGCGAUUUUAUGUUCCUUCCUUGCCAAGCCUCGAUCGGAUCGGAUCCAAUCCAAAUGAACCUGCGCGAAACGCGUCUUUUCAACUCCGAGGCUUGGGGGCGUCUCAAGAGACCUUCUCAUCCCACGUCCGAAGCUUCGCCGCAUGGUCCGUCGUUGAUGUGUAUUUCAGGCCAGCAGACGGAGAAGCUUCCGAGGCGGAGACUGCUAUCUUGGUGCCGAAAUCACUUCCCAGAAGCAAGCAUUUAAUAGCUGUGCAAGCGGACUUUAAACCGCGUACAGUGCAGGACGAGGAGAGGGAGGAUGGGGGAGGAGGUCGGAGGAGCAUCAGGAAAGUGGAAGGGGAAGAAAAGGGAGGUGGGGAUGAAAGGGUAGUAGCGGGGAAUGCAGCGGGGAAGAGUAAGGGAGGCAGGAGGAAGAGCAACAGGACGGGGGCCUGCAAAGAGGAGGAGGAGGCAGUGGCAGUGAUUGCUGGAGUGCUGAGGGAGAAAUUCGGGCCUCAGAUCGUGAGAGAGGUAGAGGAGUUGGAGGAGUGGGGGAGCGGGAUAAGAAGCAGCGAGAAUGACGAGAGAGUGGUGAAAGUGAAAGAGGAGGUGAAGGAGGGGGGAGAGGGGAACGAUGAGGAGGCGGAGGGAGAGGAGGGUGAGGAGGACGCAGAAGCGGAAACGAGUGAGGAGGACACACCACCCACCACAUCUCCUCCCACGCACCCUCCUCAGCUGUACAACCGGCGGGUCGUAUCUCCCUCCUCCCUCCUCUCCCUCUACCGCUUCUUCUCCUCCCACCUCGGCAUCUCCUCCCCUUCCACUGUCGCUUCCCUCCUCGUCACUUACCCGCAACUCCUCCGCUCCAAUCCCACCAAUGACUUCCUGCCACGUGUCCGUCUCCUCCAGUCGUUUGGCAUAUCGCAUGCCGAUAUCGUCCACGUAACUGUGAAAGAACCAGCCUGGCUCCGAGUCUCCCUUGCACACAUUCAAAACACCCUUGAGUUUCUUUUGGCUCAAGGCGUCCGCCGAAGCAAAUUGGGUUCGAUCCUCCGACGUGCACGACGCUUACUCUGGUGUGAGGCACCUUCAAUGAAACUGGACAUUCUGGUGGAGAAGGCAGGGGUUCCUGUGGACAAGCUGGGUGGGAUUAUAGAGAGAUAUCCCGACAUCUUGACUCGGGGCAAAGAGGCGCUGAAUAAGCAGCUCGAAGCAUUAUCUGCCUUCUUUAAGGCGGGGUAUGGAACGAAGGUAGAAGCUAGUAGCACCAGUACAGGCCUCCUAAAGCAGCGACAAGAUGAGCAGGAUUUGGACACAAGCCACCUAAGCAGGCUUAUCGUUAAGUAUCCAGUCAUCUCCUCUCGUCAUCUCCAUCACAUUGCAGAGAGUAUCACCAUUCUCCAGUCCUUCACUCCCUCAGGCACCCCUUCCAUCACGAGCUCUCUGCUUCGUCGUGCCCCCAGCAUCUUCAGUUUAAGCAAAGAAACUCUCUUAGCUAAGCUCCAGUUCUUUGUGGAGCUGGUGGGGGAGGAGGCAGCAGGGAGAAUGGUGAGGAGCCGCCCGCAGGUUCUGCAACUAUCAAAGGAGAACGUGGAAGGCAAGGUGGCGACACUGGCUGAUUUGAUUGGCCAAGAGAAUUCCAUGCGGUUGGUGGCUCGAUCUCCUCUGCUAGUAAUGUCUAGUGAAGAUGGCAUGAAGGAUUCUUUCAGAGAGCUUGUGCGAGAAGUAGAAGAGGCGUUGGAGAAAAGUGGAGAUGUGGGAAAUGAGACGCAAGUGCUGGGUAAAGGUGACAGUGCGGUUUGCUUGGAAGGGGGAAAUAAUUCCCGAGCAUUAAGCUCAGCACUAAGUGGCAAGAGUUGCAGGGCUCGUCAGUUGGUGGUGGACUUGGUUAUGAAGUUUCCACCGUGUAUUACCCAAAGCUGGAAAACGAACCUGAAGCCCAAGGUGGAGUACUUAAAACGGGACAUGGGGCUCUCUAUAAUGGAGGUGCUUGCCUGCUCGGCCUUUCUUGGGUACAGUUUGGAUCGGCGAAUCAGACCGCGGCAUGAGGCAGUGGUGCGAAUGGGCUAUGAGGUUGUGGCACACAAGGUGGUUUUUCGAACGAGUGCUGGGAAGCAGAGAGCCAAGCUGGGUUCUGUUGGCUCCUCUCUUUCUGACGAAGUGGGGGGGGCGGAGGGGAUUGAUUGGGGAGGGGAAGAAAGGAAGAGUGUAAGGACGGGCGACAGGCAAGAGCAGCAAGGCGAAGGGGAGGAUUCUGGUAGUGGGCUGCUGCUUGAGGAAUUCCCAGGCAAUCACGAACCAGGUGUCGGAGCUGCUACAAAGCAGCAGCUUGUGAAUUUGGAGGCAAGAAGGAAAUUGGCGUGCUUGCAGCAGUUUCUCCUAUGCUCAGACAAGAAGUUUGAGGAGAAGUUUGGGGUCAAGCUGUAG